AUGGGUGACUCAGAAGUCAAGGCGGCGGACACCUUCAAGAUGGUGGUUACCGUCCAGGCGGCCUUCAUCUUUGAGGCGAUCUUCAUCCUUACGGCACUGGUCAUCUUCAAGGCCAUAUUCACCUUCAAAGAGGUGUUCACCUUCAAGGGGGCGAUUACCUUCAAUGUAGCGUUCACCAUCAAGGCGGUCUUCAUCUUCAGGGCCAUAUUCCUCUAUACUGCGCUUUUUACAGGCUGCUCUUGUAUGUUCUUCUUCCACGUGGCCUUCACAUGUUCUGCUUGCAUAUUCUUCUUCAUGUGCGAACAGAUCUUGCAAACUACGCGCGAUACUACGAAUGUUUCUCGGCUCUUACUCGACGACAACGACUUGUUUGCCCCCGUCUGGCCUGGUGAGGGAAUCUACGUCGCCAUUCUCUGCUUCGCUCGUUUUGUUUUGCCGUCAUGGAAAGCUUUAUGCGCGACGAUGAACACGCUGUUCAACCUCAUCCCGGCAGCGACGACCAACGACAACGUGACCGACGCCAGAAUCAGAGGCAUGUUCAUGGACUCGGUGACGUAUGGCCCCAGCAUCAGCGGCAUGUACCCGUUCAUGCUCUCACCAUACUCGAGUCCAUGGCCACGGUUACGCCUGACGGCGUGGCGGCUACAAGGUCCUGACCGAGCACGGGCCGGAGGACAACGACGAGACCGUGACCAGCCAACCCUGGUCCUUGGACCGCGCGCCAGAAGCAGCCACCCGGUCCACCUGCCCCAGACCUCGUUGCCGGGCUUGACGCUGGUCGUGUGCGUGGUCGUGGACAUCGGCUCGAUGCACACUCCAACUCCAUGGAGAGUACAUGUCGUGUGCGUACCUGACGUCGAUGCUGUUGGCCCCCUGAUGAUGUUGCUCGACACCACCGGCUCGAUCGUCCACAGACUCGCCACGAUGUCGGGGCACUCCCACCUGACCAACGGCAUGAACUUGAGGUCGUACCUCUUCCACGGCCGGGCUGAAGCCCAUAGCCCUCCUGACCGUGCCCACGAUCAUGACCAUGAACGAGUCUAG